CUGAACUCUGGAGUGGAGACAGAGAGGACUGGACUGGUCUGAGCAUUUCGGGUUUCCAAGUUUCUGCAGAAUCUCAACAUUUUAAGAAAUUUCUGAUUUUGGAAGAUACCCUCUUAGCGAGAGGCUGAAAUAUUCGUCGGAGUUGAAAACGAAGAGAGGUUUUCUCGGGAAAGUUUCGAGUUUUUUUUUUCUCGGGAAACUAAAGAGCUGGAUAUAGAUUAGAACUGAAGGAUGUAUCUGUAUUUGUUGGCCAUUUUCUCUCCUCUUCUCACCACUCCCCGCUCGUGAUCCCUCGCUCCCCUUUUCGCUUUCUUUCUCUGGAUGAUUUUCCCCGAAAUCCGACCUACAUUUCACAUUUACGAUAUCAGCCUCUGGAUUCAAUCCCUUAAACUUUCCCAUCGAAGCUGUUUCAGAGCCUCUGAUUCGCUUUUGUCGGGUAUCUAUUUCUGCAUUUUGAAGAAACUCCACGCAAAUCAAUAUACAUAGUUCCGUGGUAUUUGGGUCUCGUUUUGAUUUCGUCUCCCAUGAAGCGAUAAUGAUGCUUGUCGGAGAGAAAUGGAGAUUAGAUCAGAGGGUAAUCACGCGAGGAGCGACAAGGCUCCAGCUCCGACAGUGCCCAAGCCUCGCUUGCAAAUUUGGUUCGUGAGGGUCUGCUCCAGCAUUUUGGUAUGGACUUGCCUGGUUCAGCUCUUCGCUAUCGGCGAGCUUUGGCAUUCGAGGAUCUUCACCGGUCUGAGCAAUCAGAUUUCCAGAUUUUCCCGCCCAGUCGGGCCGGUCCGACCGCCGCUUCCUCUUCCAUCUCCGAGAAAUUAUACAAGCAAUGGUUUUCUUCGAGUAUCCUGUAAUGGUGGAUUGAAUCAAAUGCGAGCCGCGAUCUGUGACAUGGUGACAGUUGCUCGGUUGUUGAACUUGACUCUUGUUGUUCCUGAGCUUGAUAAGGCAUCUUUCUGGGCCGAUCCAAGUGAUUUUGAGGAUAUUUUCGAUGUAAGACAUUUCAUUGAUUCAUUGAGAGACGAAGUUCGGAUAAUUAGGAGGAUACCGAAGCGGUAUGGCAGGAAAUACGGUUACCAGCCAUUUGAAAUGUCGCCUGUGAGCUGGUCUGAUGACAAAUAUUACUUGCAACAGGUAUUACCUCUUUUCAACAAGCAUAAAGUUGUGCACUUCAAUAGGACUGAUGCCCGUUUGGCGAACAACGGUCUUCCCCUUGAACUCCAGAAGCUUAGGUGCCGGGUGAACUUCCAGGGACUGAAAUUCACUCCGGGGAUCGAGGCUUUGGGGUCUAAGUUGGUCGAUGUUCUCCAACAAAGGGGUCCAUUCGUGGCUUUGCAUCUGAGAUAUGAGAUGGACAUGUUGGCUUUCUCUGGCUGCACUCGUGGCUGCACUGAAGAAGAGGCUGAAGAACUAAAAAAGAUGAGGUAUACAUAUCCAUGGUGGAGAGAAAAAGAGAUAGUUUCUGAGGAGAGGAGAGCUCAAGGACUGUGUCCUCUAACUCCAGAGGAAGCAGCUUUGGCUCUAACAGCACUGGGUUUCCAAAAGGAUAUGCAAAUAUACAUUGCAGCUGGUGAGAUUUACGGGGCCGAGAAGAGAUUGACAGUUCUAAAGGAAGCAUUUCCAAGAAUUGUGAAAAAGGAAAUGCUUUUAGGGCCAGCGGAGUUGCAACAGUUUCAGAACCAUUCCUCCCAGAUGGCUGCCCUAGAUUUCAUUGUAUCGGUGGCUAGCAACACGUUUCUUCCUACGUACUAUGGAAACAUGGCAAAACUCGUGGAAGGUCAUCGGAGAUACCUCGGGUUUAAGAGGACAAUCCUUCUUGACCGCAAGAGGCUCGUGGAGCUUAUCGAUCUGCAUCAGAACAAGACGAUCUCGUGGGAACAGUUUUCAGUAGCUGUGAGGGAAGCCCACGAUCAGCGAAUGGGAGAGCCGACACGUAGGAGAGUAAUAUCUGACAAACCUAAGGAGGAAGAUUACUUCUAUGCUAAUCCUCAAGAAUGUCUUUGCAAAGGCACGACUUGCAGUGAGAUGCUUGGCGCUAGAAACUACAGUUGGAGGCAGUGAAAUCAAGUUUUCUGCAUAUGCUGAGCGUUUGCUUCCACAAGAGGAGGCCUAGGACGGUAUGCAAUUGCGAAAACACUAGAGAAUGAUAGUUCCUUCUCUGAGUUUUUCUUUCUAUUGUUCAUAUCUUUCUUUCAGUUUUCCUGCAUGUUCCUCAGGUCUACAUAAGUUGAAUAGAUGUAAUGUAACCCAAAAGAAAAGAAGAAGCUGUAUCAUCUUAUAGAAUUUUGAAAAGAAUAACCUAAGAUACAGAUUGCAACAGGUCUCAGUUAUUCCCCCCCUUGGGGCUUGAUUUCA